GGAGCUGCCCGUCCGCCGCCCCGCCCCGCCGCGGCCACUCGCCGCGACCUCGGUGAAGUUGGAGAGGCGGUCACCGAGGCGCUGCCCCUGCCGCCACCCGCCGUUUCCAAGGGGGUCAGAAACCAGUUUGUUUGUUUCCUCAGGCGCUGUGGGCCUGUCUUUGGGGCGCUAGGCGAGGCGACACGGAGUCAAGCCUGAAGUGUCUAGCACAGACGAGUGUCAGGUGUGGGAGCCUCGGCGCCCCCUUGCAUUCUGGGCUGUGAGCUGCUCCAGCUUAGCCAGUCUUGGUUUCUCUCUCAGGAUGUUUUCAAAAUGCACGAUGGUGCCUCCGCCUCGUUAAGUCCCACAGGAAGACCGCCAUACCUGCACCUAUGCUUGCUGGUCAUCACCGUUAUUCCUACUAAAGUCCUGUGUCAUUAAGGGACAGAACUACUUGAGCUAUCACCUGCUAUCAAGCUAUCACCAGGAUGCACAAGAAUCAAAUUGGGAGCAGAGCCAGGACUUAAACCCAGCAUAUCUAUAAAGAUGCCUUAGAAUAAGAACCAUGGAGAAGUAUGUUAGACUAAGGAAGAUUGGAGAAGGCUCAUUUGGAAAAGCUGUUCUUGUUAAAUCUACAGAAGAUGGAAAACAAUAUGUUAUCAAGGAAAUUAAUAUCUCAAGAAUGUCCAGUAAAGAAAGGGAAGAAUCAAGGAGAGAAGUUGCAGUAUUGGCAAACAUGAAGCAUCCAAAUAUUGUCCAAUAUAGAGAAUCAUUUGAAGAAAAUGGUUCUCUUUACAUAGUGAUGGAUUACUGUGAAGGAGGGGAUCUGUUUAAACGAAUAAAUGCUCAAAGAGGCAAUUUGUUUCAAGAAGAUCAAAUUUUGGACUGGUUUGUACAGAUAUGUUUGGCUCUGAAACAUGUACAUGAUAGAAAAAUUCUUCAUCGAGACAUAAAAUCGCAGAACAUAUUCUUAACCAAAGAUGGUACGGUACAACUUGGAGAUUUUGGAAUUGCUAGAGUUCUUAAUAGUACUGUAGAGUUGGCUCGCACUUGCAUAGGAACCCCAUACUACUUGUCACCUGAAAUCUGUGAAAACAAGCCCUAUAAUAAUAAAAGCGACAUUUGGGCUCUAGGCUGUGUCCUUUAUGAAAUGUGUACACUUAAGCAUGCAUUUGAAGCUGGCAAUAUGAAAAACUUGGUACUGAAGAUAAUAUCUGGAUCUUUUCCUCCUGUGUCAUUGCAUUAUUCCUAUGAUCUCCGCAGUUUGCUCUCUCAGUUAUUUAAAAGAAAUCCUAGGGAUAGACCAUCAGUCAACUCCAUAUUGGAGAAAGGUUUUAUAGCCAAACGCAUUGAAAAGUUUCUCCCACCUCAGCUUAUUGCAGAAGAAUUUUGUCUAAAAACAUUUUCAAAGUUUGGAGCACAGCCUGCACCAUCUAAAAGACCAGCUUCAGUACAAAGCCUGGCUUCAGUUAUGCCUGCCCAGAAAAUUACAAAGCCAGCUGCUAAAUAUGGAGUGCCUUUAACAUAUAAGAAACAUGGAGAUAAAAAAUUGCCUGAAAAGAAGCCACUCCAGAAACAUAAACAGGCCCAUCAACCUCCAUUGAAGAAAGUGAAUCCUGGAGAAGAAAGGAGGAAUAUGUCGGAGGAAGCACCAAGAAAGACAAGGUUGGAAUUUGUUGAAAAAGAAAAGAAACAAAAGGAUCAGAUUAGUUUAUUGAAGCUUGAACAAAUGAAGAGGCAAGAAAAGCAAAGGUUGGAGAGAAUAAAUAGGGCCAGGGAACAAGGAUGGAGAAAUGUGUUAAGCGCUGGUGGAAGUGGUGAAGUAAAGGCUCCCUUUUUUGGCAGUGGAGGGGCUGGAGUGCCAUCAUCUUAUUCUUCUCGAGGACAGUAUGAACAUUACCAUGCAAUUUUUGACCAAAUGCAGCAACAAAGGGCAGAAGAUAAUAAAGCUAGGUGGAAAGGAGAAAUACAUGGUCAAGGGCUUCCAGAAAGAGGAAUUCCACCUGGAGUUCGUCCAGGAUUUCCUUAUGGGGCGGCAGGUCAUCACCACUUCCCUGAUGCUGGUGCUAUUAGAAAAACUUUGAAAAGAUUGAAGGCCGUGUCUAAACAAGCCAAUACAAACAGGCAAAAAGGACAGCUACCUGUAGAAAGAGCUAAACAAGUAGAAGAAUUCCUACAGCGAAAACAGGAAGCUAUGCAGAAUAAAGCUCGUGCUGAAGGGCAUACGGGAAUCCUGCAAAACCUGGCAGCUAUGUAUGGAGGCAGGUCCAGCUCUUCAAGAGGAGGGCAGCCAAGAAACGAAGAGGAAGAGGUUUAUUUGGCAAGACUGAAGCAGAUACGACUACAAAAUUUCAAUGAGCGCCAACAGAUUAAAGCCAAACUUCGUGGUGAAAAAAAAGAAGCUGAUAGUUACACAGGACUGGAAGGAAGUGAAGAGGCUGACAUGAGGCGCAAAAAUAAUGAAUCAUUUAAGGCCCAAGCAAAUGCACAUGCUGCUAUACUAAAAGAAAAAAUGGAACGAAAAAGAAAGGAAGCAUAUGAAAGAGAAAAGAAAGUGUGGGAAGAUCCUUUGGUGGCUAAAGGAGUAAAGAGUUCUGAUGUUUCCCCAGCUUUGGGACAGCAUGAAACAGGUGGUUCUCCAUCAAAGCAACAGAUGAGAUCUGCUAUUUCUAUGACUUCAGCUUUAAAAGAAGUGGGUAUGGACAGAAGUUUAAUUGAUAUAGAGGAAACCUCAGAAGAAAUUCAAAAGACCAACAAUGCUAUUUCAAGUAAGCGAGAAAUAUUACGAAGAUUAAAUGAAAAUCUUAAAGCUCAGGAAGAUGAAAAAGGAACACAGCCUGGCUCUGAUAUCGAGAUAAUUCUUUAUGAAAAUGCCAAAGAGCAUGAAAAAGAAAAGCCAGUUUUAUCUGAUCGCAAGAAAUGGGAUGUAGGAGGUCAACUUGUGAUUCCUCUGGAUGAGUUAACACUGGAUUCAUCCUUCUCUGCAACUGAAAAACAUACAGUGGGAGAGGUUAUUAAAUUAGAUCCUAGUGGAUCGCCAAGAAAAGUCUGGGGGAAAAGCCCUACUGAUUCUGUUCUAAAGAUACUUGGAGAAGCUGAGCUACAACUUCAAACGGAACUGCUGGAGAACUGUAUUAUUAGAAAUGAGAUUUCUCCUGAAGGGGAUGAAUUCAAAGAUUCAAUUAUUGGAGAAGAUAAAGUACAGUGUAUUUCACAUGAAAUAAACCCAUCAGCUACAGUUGAUUCUCCUGUUGAGACAAAAAGUCCAAAGUUUAUUGAGGCAUCCCUACAGACGUUAUUGAAACCAGGAGAAAAUUUGGAAGAACCUGAUGAUUUGGAAGCAGAAGUUCUACAAGAGCCAAGAAGAACAAAGAUAGAUGGGAGCUUGCCCUGUGCUGUUACUGAUGUGUGGAUUACUGAGAAAAAAGAAACAAAGGAAACUGAGUUGGAAGACAAGACCACCAUUCAGCACAAUGAAUUGUCUGAAAAUGGAAUCUCAAGGAAUGUGGACCAACUUAGUGAAGUUUAUAUAGAACCUGGAAUAGAUGACUCUAAAAGUGAUGUAGCUAAAUCUGUGCAACCAGAACCAUUUUUCCAUAAAGUGGUUCAUUCUGAAUACUUGAAUGUCAUUUCUCAAGUUCAACCAAUUCAGUGUUCUCCAGAAGAAUCCUUUCCACUUCGAUCUCGCUCUGAUUCACCUCCAAAAAUUAAAAACAAGAAUUCCUUGCUGAUUGGACUUUCAACUGGUCUGUUUGAUGCAAACAACCCAAAGAUGCUGAGAACAUGUUCACUUCCAGAUCUCUCAAAGCUGUUCAGAACCCUGAUGGAUGUUCCCAUUGUAGGAGAUGUUUGCCGUGACAAUCUUGAAAUAGAUGAAAUUGAAGAUGAACACAUUAAAGAAGGACCUUCUGAUUCUGAAGACAUUGUUUUUGAAGAAACUGACACAGAUUUACAAGAGCUUCGAGCCUCAAUGGAACAGCUACUUAGGGAACAGCCUAGUGAAGAAUACAGUGAGGAGGAAGAAUCGGUCUUAAAGAACAGUGAUGUAGAGCACACUGCAAAUGGGACAGAUCUGGCAGACGAGGAUGACAAUCCCAGUAGUGAAAGUGCCCUGAAUGAAGAAUGGCACUCAGAUAACAGUGAUGGUGAGACCACUAGUGAGUGUGAAUAUGAUAGUGUCUUUAACCAUUUAGAGGAACUGAGACUUCACCUGGAGCAGGAAAUGGGAUUUGAAAAAUUCUUUGAGGUUUAUGAAAAAAUAAAGGCUAUUCAUGAAGAUGAAGAUGAAAAUAUUGAGAUUUGUAAAACAAUAGUUCAGAACAUUUUGGGAAAUGAACAUCAGCAUCUUUAUGCCAAGAUUCUUCAUUUAGUCAUGGCAGAUGGAGCCUAUCAAGAAGAUAAUGAUGAAUAAUAGAACAUUCUUUAGUUCUCACCUGUAUGAAAACAUUUGGAUUUGGUUCAUCAGAACAACAAGCUUCAGUGGGAAACAGUGAUUAUUUAUUGAAUAUCAGACUUAAAAUGGGCAUGCUUACUGCAUGAAAAGAUGGAGAAACCUGCUUAAUAUGCUAGUAUUUUACCUGCUUUCUUUAAUUUGUUGAGUUCUACAGUUUAAUCCUAUAGGAUAUAUUCUUUAUUAAAUCACCCAACCAAAGCAUAAGAGGCAUUGACCCAUAAGAGGACUUAAUGACUUUGAAGAUUUACCACACAAUCAGGUAACUUUGACUUUCAGCAAAUAUCUUCAGGUUGAAGGAAUUGCCUGUGUCAUGAAUGAGCUGCCUGUGGUUUUUCAAUUAAGUGACUAUGCCUGACAUUUUUGUCUGUCUAGUACUUGUUUUCAUCCUUAGCCAGCAAUUUUACAUUGAAUAAAUUGUCAAGGGCUCUAUUUAAAUCCUUACAUUUUGAAGAUGGAAUAUUUAGCCUUAAAGUUUAUAUACUGAAGUUCUUUUUCAACCAGUGUGUCUCCUGAACUGGCUCAGUGGAAAUAGACUGUAGAAACAGUCUUGGUAUACAGUGAAAGGUUUGAUUAUAAAAUAACAGUAAAAUUAUAUUUCCUAAUAUUUAAAAAGUUGGUUAAUUACUUCUGUUUCCCUUUAAGGAUCAUAACCAAGAAUAUUAUAUCUACAAAUUAGUCUGUGAACUUUAACAUUGACCUAGCAUAUAGCUUAAAGUUGUUCUUUUGGUUUUUAACUUCCUCUCAUGUAUGUGCUACAGGUGCAAUAUUAGGUUAAAAAGGAAAAAGAAUCAUUUUUGACACUGUGCUAGUUUUGCUAAUUAGUAUCCCAAAGAGAAGAAAUAUUUGCCUCUUUUACUUAUUUCCAUUGUCAGAGGAUUUAGUUAGGUCACAAAGAUGAUGGUCUAACACCCUCAACUGCAGUAUGCCAAGUGUACAUGAAUCCAUUAGAGGUAUCUACAGUCCAGAUAUUUAUAAAAGUAGGAUUUUUGAGCUUCUGAGUAUGAGAUGGCCUUGUACUCAAGAUUUACAGUCUGUAGUUUGAAAAAUAAAAUCUUAUCUUACAGCUUUAUCAGUACCAUGUUGAGUUUAUUAUGUAUAUCAUUUCUAAUAUCAAAAGUAAAUACUUGGUUUUUAUACAUUUGCUUACCUUAUGAUGCUAUUAAAUUUUAAGUAUCUAUAUGAGAUAUCUUAUUGAUUGUAUUUUCUUUGUUAGCACUAUUCUCAAUAGAGUGCUUGGAACACAGCUGACAAUAUUUUUGUUUGGUUUUGUAAAAAACUCUAAUAAAAGCAAAUAAUGCUAUAACAUCGUAGAAAAAGUUGUUUUAGCCAUAUUUGAAAAGACUACAUGUAUCCAAGAAUAGGGAUGAAGUCCAAGGUUCUGUCUGGUCACUUGGUAGCCAGUGGCUCUGCAGUUUUAUUAUAGAAAGGCUUUCUGUGUUGGUGUGGAAUGGAGCUGUGCUAUUCAGAAAGGUCUGCUGGAGAAAGCGUAGAGGCAUCUAUAGAUACAAAGAAGAUGAGAGUUGGAAAAGGCUAUCAGGAUAAUUCAGUAUUAUCUCCAUGUAGUUGGUAAGGACACUGAGUUGUAACAUGAAAGCAAGUCACUUGUAAUAAAGGGCCAGGGUAAAACUAGUUCCUAAGUAUCUUACACUGUGCUAUUAUUUGCAGGUUUUUGUUAAGUUGUUUAUUUAUUUUU